AUGUGGCAGCAGCGGCAGCGGCAGCUAUCCAUCCUGGUACGCCGCAGCUUGCGCUGGAAGUUUGAUGGCUGCGAGAGAGGGACAGCUGUAGAUUCCGUUGCACCAGGAUUGUCGGGCUUGUUGGAGAAGGUCAACUUGCAGUUCAGCAGAAGGCUUAGCUAUGAAAUGUGGGCUAUGGGGCUGGAGGAGCUGACCUCCGGACUCUUCGGUGCAUUGGCACAGGCCGAUGCGUUGCCACGGCGAUGGCACUUGGAUGGUCGUUGGGGCGCAGUGAGAACGACCGAUGGGGAUUCCAAUGUGAGGUUGUUGCCGUUAACCCAAGAAGCUGCGGUGGCAGUUCGGAAUUGUAUGGCUGGCAAGCCAUGUCACAGCAGAUAUUUGACGCCAAGUGUCCUGGAGUAUUUGCAGAAGGAGAAGGUUUGCCUCACCAGCCUCCUGAGACCUGACUCAACCAUUUCCAGUGACAAGCAACAGAAUUUUCAUUUGCCAAAAAUCGAAGAUCGUUUCACCUUUGCAGAGUUGUUUGCCGGACUAGGAGGAUUUCGCUUGGGCCUUGAAGCAAUCGGAGGUCAAUGUGUAUUUGCGUCCGAGAUCAACAAGCAUGCCAGAGAGUUGUAUACGAAGAACUUUCAUCACGAACCUGAGGGUGACAUUCGAGUGGUGCAAGAUGUCCCUGAUCACGAUUUGUUGGUGGCUGGCUUUCCAUGUCAGCCCUUCUCAUCUUUGGGAUCACAGCAGGGCCUUGCAGAUGAACGAGGCAAACUCUUUGAGCAAAUUGUUCGCGUUCUACGACUACGUCAUCCAUGUUGCUUCUUGCUGGAGAAUGUGCCCGGGCUUGCAGUGAGCAACAAGGGGAGAGACCUGGCAAUCAUUCGCGAAGCCUUGGAAGACGCUGGGUAUGUUGUCUUUUGUGGUAUAGUGAACGCUCGAAAUUUGACGGCCCAACAGCGGAAGCGCCUCUUCUUGGUUGGCUUUCACGGUCUGAAGCUGAAAUCAGAGGCGUUGAACCCGUUCGAAUUUCCUGAUAUGCCAGACAUGGGACUGCUGGCAGAGGACGUGCUGGACUUUGACCUGGCAGGUGACGAUGCUCACAGCAUCUCUGAUCGACAGCUGGAGCAGCUUAGGACUCAGACGCGGAUGUCUCGCACCCUGGCCUGGGCAGAUCGAAAGGUGGAGACACUUAUCGCGCACUACUCUGUGAGUGUUGGCCGUGGACAAUCACAGCUGGUUCCCAGAUGGGCACCUUACAAUCCACGGCUCUUCACACCACGGGAGUGCGCGCGGAUCAUGGGUUUUCCGGAGAGCUAUCAGCUGGGGGAUGCAAUGGACCGACGUCAAUGCAAGGCAUUGUACCCAUUGUUGGGCAACGCCGUGUGUCCCCCUGUCAUCGCUGCCUUGGCCGCCGCUUUGCAACGCUGGCGCCAGCUGCCUGGCAGAGCAGCUGCAAGGGCCAUGGCCAUCCAGGCCGAAGCCGAGCGAAGAGCCUUAGAGAUGGCCAAAGAGGUCAUCGAUGAGAUGCGGAAGCCGCGGAAGCCAGAGGAAAUGGAGGAAGAAGCUAUGAAUGGGUCUCUCACUUGGGAAGAUGUCGCUUUCCCAAUGCACAGGGGUCAAAGAGCAGAAAGUUCCAACGGUCAGGCGCUUCCUGACUCUCCGGAACAGAGGCCUGAAGCUGAAGGAUCUCAGGAUUCCAAUGCUGAGUGCAUCAGGCUCCAGUAUGCUCUUCAAAAGAUGAAGACAAUGGUGCGUGAGGAGCUGGAGUUGAUGCAGGAGCUUGCUCAAGCGAAGCAAGCAUUGUCUGAAGCCCUUGCAACAGACCCGUGGGUGUGUCGCUCCUCUCCCAGCAGAACCCGGGCAGCCCAACUGGUGUCAGCCUCUGGUACAAACGACAAUGAGGUGGAGAUUGAAAUCUUGAAAGACAACGUGCGGAUCGCUUUAGAUGCAUUGCGUGCUGCAGCACCACUUAGGGGUCCGCGCCAUGCGAAAAGCUCAGCAAAAUUAAAUUAUACGCAAAGGCACUCGUGGCUACCCCGGAUUAACGACCAUCCCCCCUACAGGUCAAAUAGUCAGCAAAGUUUUUUGUGUUCGAUUCCCAAGACACAGCUAUCAUGGAUGAAGGCUAAUUUUUAA